UAUUAGUAAUAACAGAGGCAAAACAGCCACAGCGAGGAGAAGAAGAAAAGGAGAAGGAGGAAAUCCACAUCACCGUUUCUCCUUUUUUCAACCUGCAGUGAUGAACCGAAUAAUGUGACAUAACCUCACGGCAACUUUCGACAAAAACGCUUGUUAUUCGUGCUUUUUGCAGGUGCCAUUGUCACGUCCACCUUUCACACUGCUGGCAGACAGUCACUGGCUCUGCUCGGGGCACUUUGUUGCGGUCAUCCAUCUGCACGGGCGGCUGCGGCUUGUUGGUAAACACGAAUCGGAUUCCGCCGGCGAGGACUCCCUCUGGUGCAUUGAUGCACCCGUUUCAGUGGUGUAACGGGUGCUUCUGUGGUCUGGGACUGGUUUACUCCAACAAGUCGUGCACCAUGCCGCCCAUCACCUUCCAGGACCUGCCUCUUAACAUCUACAUGGUCAUCUUCGGGACAGGCAUCUUUGUCUUCAUCCUGAGCCUCAUCUUCUGCUGUUACUUCAUCAGCAAACUACGACACCAAGCCCAGAGUGAGCGGUUUGGAUACAGAGAGGUGGUUUUGAAAGGAGAUCCAAAAAAGUUGAAUCUUCACGGGCAGACGUGCGCCGUGUGUCUAGAGGACUUCAAAGUGAAAGACGAACUGGGAGUGUUGCCAUGCCAACAUGCUUUCCACAGGAAGUGUCUGGUAAAGUGGCUGGAGGUUCGCUGCGUCUGCCCCAUGUGCAACAAACCCAUAGCCGGCCCCCCUGAGCAGCAUCACAGCAUAGGGACUCUUCUGGAUGAACUGGUGUAACCUCUCAGUCCCUGACAGUUUGGGUGGGAUGCCGGUGCUUGUGCCAAACCAGCUGAUAUGAAGUUAGCGACCAACAUGAAGAGGGACACCGUUUAUGCUGUUAAAAACACAGCAAACACACCAACAUGAUGAUAAUAAGUUGGGGUAACCUAGAUACCACCCGGAGAAAGACUCUGAAGGAUGCUGUUGCCUAGCAACCAUCUCAGAUAUGGCAACACGACACCUUGUGGUGUCUGAGAGAUUAUCUCCAGCCACCCACACAUCACUCCACCACUCUUCUUUCAGCGUCCCCCCUCUCCACUCAUCUUCUCUUGUUGCCUCGAGUCAGGUUGAAGGCACCACCGAAGAAGAGUCUCAUUUGUCACAGUGGGUGUUGAAGGAUGACAGCGCCGGGUGGGAGGUGCCGAUCCCCUUCGAGCAUGUGUGAGUGUCGUAUGUCUUGGUGGUCACUGAUAUGAAAUAAUAUUGUCUGAGGUUUUAAACUCUUUCAGAUGAGAGAUUUUGACACAAAACCACAGAAAAAAUAUUUUCUGCUCAAUAUCCUGACCAGUAACACAAGAACAUGUUGAAGAGUUUUACUGCUAACAAUACAGUCAAAGAUUUAUCAAAAACAGCAGGUAGAACAAGGGUUGAACGGUCCAGUGUGUUGGAUUUAGGGGAAUAUAUUAGCAGAAAUAGAAUAUACAACGAACAGACAACACUUUUGUUUUUUGUUCCCAUUUUUCAGAGGUUUGAGUUAAAGACAGUGUUUAUGUGACAAACCUGGUUAAAGUCAUGGCAUUUCACUCACAAUGUCCAGGCCUGGAAAAGUCAAGGAAUUUUGUUAUGUGUAACAAAAUUCCUUGACUUUAGCAUAUAUUUCCACAAAGAGAAAUUAAUUUAAAAUAAAUUAAACAUUAUGAUUAUAAUUCUAUGUACUUUUACUAUGCUAGCAGGUCAGAAUCACUCUCAACUUUCAUACAUUGAAUUAUAAUUUGAACAUUUAUUGAUAAGGUGAUAUUCAGUUAAAGUUGGUGACAAACUGACGUUGCGGUUUUAUGAUUAAAAGUGAGGGUUAACCAAGUUAACGUAAAUGUCACCAAGCGUUUGUUUCCAAAGGAAACCUGUCAGUGUCAGUUAGCUCCUUUACAGUUAGAUAACGUUAGCUAGAAAGUAAUUUUCAUCCAAUAUUUUCAUGGCACAUGAUACAAAGCACCUGUUAGCACAUUAUCCUAUCAGCAUGAGUUAAAAUGAAAAGUUUUCACUCAUGAAAACUAACAUGCAUCACUUGAACUAAUAUAACGUGACUUUUCCUCCAUCAUGAGAAACUAAUGGGAGUCCCGUUUUUUUGUUUUUUUUGUGUGUUGUUGUUUGGCUCCAACUACACAAAUAGUUCAACUGCUGGAAGUGACAGCUGUUGCCUACCAACACAAAACUUAUUCCUGCAAAAUAGCAGGAAAAAACUUAAGCUACUUAAGGAGUCAGGUCUACAUGUUAUGCGAAGUGCAGCUGCUUAAUAUCAUCUUACAAUUAUCUGUGUGUUUCCAGUGAAAUAAGAGUCUAUUAACUGUAGCAGGCCGUUGUACAUUGUGUGUCUCUUUUGACUUACUGUCUGUCAAACAUUUUAAAAGGGUCCUCGUCCUCGCACCACAUCUUUGUAACGUAGUUAGAAGCACCACGCGGAGGUUAGCCAGCUAGCCGUACUGAAGCAGCUAAGCUAAAGACAACAGCACGGCUAACGGCUCCACACCUCCGUAAAAAAGCCCUCACAGCGGCUUGUUGAAGAGCACUGCUGCCACCAAUGAGCCGAGCGUCCUGGGUUCACCUAACUGGAUAACUAAUAAAACAAAAAACGAGACUGAAGACAGUAUGACAGCUCCAACUGGGACCGUUGCCCAUUUAUUUUCCUUCACCAAAACUCCCACAAACGUGGCAUGAGCCCUCAAAAGAGUGGAAGUUCCCCCCAUUACUCUUUUUUCCUGCUAAAGGUAAACACACAAUAGGCCUCCAAAACAGUCUGUUACACUAGUUAGAUAACUACCAACCAUUAAUGUCCAUCUAAUCAGAGCAACUGAGUGAGUGAUACAUGAAGAGUUGAAAGUCCCAGUGCUAAUGUACUAUAUAUACAGGCCUCUCGACCAAUGGGUUGGGCUCUUGUAUUUUGUGUAUAAUCACCUGAAAAUAACAGUUGUUUUUGUUACCUUACAAGAAGCUGUUUAUAUCUAAAUGGGGUCGGGUUUAUGAUGUCUCCAUAUUAGAUGUUUCUACAGUAGCUGAGUUCAUUAUUAUUCUUUUUUGACAUAAAACAUCUUUGGGGGCCCUAUGAGACAAACAACACUCCACCACUGUCCCAAAAUAACCACAUAAGACACCUUUAAAAUAAUCAAAUGCUUGGGAUUUAUUUUAAAAAAAAUUGUGCAAAAUAGUCAAUAAAAAUCCCAGCAAAACCAGCAGUCCCAGCAGCAGAGGGCUCUCCCCUCUGCUGCUGGAACAGGAGCUCUGAGCAGCUCCUCCUCAGUUCAGGUGCACCUAGUUAGGGAUUGCAGCACACCUGUGCAGAGCUGCAGGAGAGAAAAGGGACAACUCAAACCUCUGGAUCUUAAUUAGAGAAAAAGGGUGAGCGCACAUUUGCAGUAAGUAGCUGCGACAAGUAAAAUAGCAGAGAAGAAAUGUUGCUUUAUAUCAUGAAACUGCCUUAUUCAGUGUUUUUACUGGUUUAAAUCAGUGGGUCCAUGCGUUUUGGAGGAGAGGAGAUCUGGUUGCAAUCUCAAAUCCUUACCACUAGAUUCCACUAAAUCCCCCAAAAUCUUACAUACUGGACCUUAACCAAAACCUACAUAGGGGUUGAUUAAAACUGGCAUAAAAGAAAUUAAAAACUUGUUUAAAAAGAUUUGCUCCUAAGAUUCUAAAUUUAAGUCACUCUGGUUAAAAAACAAUGUAAAAGGUGGAUUUGGGUGUCAUUAGUGGGACCUAAAUUAUUCAUAUUGCUUAGAAGAAGCAGCUUGAGCUGUCAUCCACAUGUAGCAAAUUAAUAAAGUAAGUAAUAAGUCAAAUUGAUUUUCUUGCUGAAACAUGCAACUGAUAGUGAUAUUGGUGCCACCUCUACAGUGAUAUCAUGUGUGUUCUAUGUGUUAUUUUUUUAUUGUUCAGACAUGUUUCAUUGUGUAAAUAUACUGUAGAUGGAAGGAACUGAUGCCUGCCUUUCAUUGUAACAGUUUGGUCCUUUGUUGAAAUGUG